ACUUAUAAAUUAGUCACUGUAUAGUUAGUAGAAAAAGUCACAUAUCAUGACUACUGUGGAGAAGAUCAAGGCCAUCGAAGAUGAGAUGGCCAAGACUCAAAAAAAUAAGGCCACCUCUUUCCAUUUGGGGCAAUUAAAGGCUAAAUUAGCUAAAUUAAGAAGAGAAUUAUUGACUGAUGGAGCUGGAAGUGGAGGUGGUGGAGCUGGUGUAGGAUUCGAUGUAGCUAGAACUGGGGUAGCUACUAUUGGGUUUGUAGGAUUUCCUUCUGUAGGAAAAUCUACUUUACUUUCUAAACUUACUGGUACUCAUUCUGAAGCUGCAGCUUAUGAAUUCACAACUUUAACAACUGUACCAGGUACUAUUAAAUAUAAGGGAGCUAAAAUUCAAAUGUUGGAUUUACCAGGUAUCAUUGAAGGUGCUAAAGAUGGUAAAGGUCGUGGUAGACAAGUCAUUGCUGUAGCCAGAUCAGUUAAUUUAUUAUUCUUAGUAUUAGAUGUUAAUAAACCUUUACAACAUAAAAGAAUUAUAGAGCAUGAAUUAGAAGGUAUGGGAAUAAGAAUUAAUAAGGAACCUCCUAACAUUGUCAUCACUAAAAAGGAACGUGGAGGUAUUAAUAUUACUACUACUAAUCCAUUAACUCAUUUAGAUAAUGAUGAAAUCAGAGCCGUCAUGUCAGAAUAUAGAAUUAAUUCUGCCAAUAUAGCCUUCAGAUGUGAUGCUACUGUUGAUGAUUUAAUCGAUGCUAUUGAAGCUAAGGCCAGAAGAUAUAUUCCUGCUAUUUAUGUAUUGAAUAAAAUCGAUUCAUUCUCCAUUGAAGAACUUGAUUUAUUAUAUAAAAUUCCUGAUGCUAUACCUAUUUCAUCUGGUAAUGGAUGGAACUUAGAUGAUUUAUUAGAAUUAAUGUGGGAAAAGCUUAAAUUGGUUCGAGUAUAUACUAAACCUAAGGGGAAAUUACCUGAUUUUAAUGAACCAGUGGUUUUAAGAAGUGAUAGAUGUACAGUAGAAGAUUUCUGUAAUUCUAUCCAUAAGUCAUUGGUUGAAGAUUUUAGAAAUGCCUUAGUUUUUGGUACAUCCGUCAAACAUCAACCUCAAAUUGUUGGUCUUGGUCAUGAAUUACAGGAUGAGGAUGUUAUUACUAUCUUAAAGAAGUAGGAUACACAAUACAUACAAUACGUAUACAUAUAACCAGUAAAUAUUCAGUCUGUUCUUUUGUAUAUUUACUACACUACACUAGAAGAACUACCUAUCUAUCUAUACUCACAUAGUUAAAUAAAUAAUACACUAUCUAAGUAAGACAAGCCAGUAAUAGUAAUAGUAAUAGUAUUAUUACCGUAAUAAGUAAGAUGUGCAUCA